ACGUAGCAUCAUAAAAGAGCAGAGCCAAAUCCAGCAAAUACCCAGUAAUUGCCGUUUCUUCGUAUUUCCCCACCAUGUGACUUAGCAAGCUGCUGUCUCUCUCUCUCUUCAUUACCCAUUCUUCCUCUUCUUUCUUUAUUAUUUCUAAGCCUAUUUUUCUUUUGAGUCAUCUUGGACUUGGCAGGGACUUUGCCAGUGAAGCAAAUCUGAGUCUUCUCUGUCUCUCUUGCUCAUAUUCAAGUGCGGGCUACAAAAACGAGACACCCAGAUCAAGUUGAUGUGCUGAGAAGCUGAUCUUGAAGCAUUUGGGAGAUGGGUGCUUGAAUUCACCUUCAGUGAUUUGAGGUAGAAGACCCUUCUCUUGUAUCCGUUUUACACUGUCGACAUUCUCUUGUUUUUUUUUUUUUUUUUUUUUUUUGUUGCUUUUUUAACAUUAUAGAGAAAUCGGAAAGAGAGUCUGUUAAGUGUUUGGUUUUGGUACCAUGAGGGACUUUCCUUCUUGUUUUGGUGAAAAUGGGGUCCAAGUUGCUGAUUCAUCGUCUUCGAGUGCAGCCAAAGCUGCUCAAAAUGUGGUUACCUGUUUGUAUCAGUGUAAAUUGCGAGGUCGAUCUUGCUUGAUUACUAUUACAUGGACCAAGAACUUGAUGGGUCAAGGCCUUAGUGUUGGGAUUGAUGACUUGUCCAAUCAAUGCCUCUGUAAGGUUGAUAUAAAGCCAUGGCUGUUCUCUAAGAGAAAAGGGUCUAAGAAUUUGGAGGUAGAUUCUAGUAAAAUUGAGAUUUUCUGGGACUUAACUAACGCCAAGUUUGGUGCUGGGCCGGAGCCGUUUGAGGGAUUUUAUUUAGCUGUUGUGUUUAACCAAGAAAUGGUUCUACUUCUUGGGGAUUUGAAAAAAGAGGCAUACAAGAAGAUUGACACCGACCCUGUUCCUGUUCAUGUUCAUUCCAUUAAUGCCACCUUUGUUGCCAAGAGGGAGCACAUUUUUGGGAAGAAGUUUUAUGGCGCAAAGGCUCAAUUUUGUGAUAAGGGGCAGAUGCACGAUGUAUCGAUUGAGUGCGACACUGUUGGGCUUCAUGACCCUUGUCUUGUGAUCCGGAUUGACAGCAAGACAGUCAUGCAGGUGAAGAGGCUCAAGUGGAAGUUCCGUGGAAACCACACCAUUUCUGUUGAUGGCCUUCCGGUUCUAGUGUUUUGGGAUGUCCAUAAUUGGCUCUUUGGUAAUGCUAUGGGCAAUGCAGUUUUCAUGUUCCAAACAUGUCUCUCAGCUGACAAGUUGCAGGGCAAUCACUCUAUUUUCGAUCCCUCCGUAUUAACUUGGUCUUGCUCUCAGCAUAUGAGCGAUUCCCAGUCACGAGGUCUUGGUUUCUCACUGAUUUUGCAUGCUUGGAAGAAUGAGUAGAAAGUGUAUUUUUUUUUCUUCAUUUUUGAGUGUUGACAAAUACUAGUAGCUGUGGAUUUGAUAAAAAAAGAUGUGAUUGAAAUACAGUAAAUGCGAAUUACUUGUCCA